CCAUGAUGCUCCUCCCUUUCACCGCCUCCUUCAUACUACUCUUCUUUCUUCUACACUUCUCUACACACCUCAAAGCCUAUACCCCAGAGGAAAUUUUCACCAUCAAUUGCGGCACCACCGCCAACUCCUCCAACGGUCAAAGAACGUGGACCGGCGACGCAGAUACCAAGUACUUAUCUCCCCAAGACACCGUUUCAGACAUGGCAACAACACAGUCUCCUUCCGCCAAUCAAAUCCCUUUCUCCACUGCACGCUUGUCCAGUUCCCAAUUCAAUUACACCUUCCCAGUCUCCCCAGGCCCUAAAUUCCUUCGCCUCUUCUUCUACCCUGCUGACUACUCUUCCUUUCUCCGCACCCACGCAUCUUUCUCCGUUCAAUCCAACCAAUUCACUCUCCUCGACGCUUUCAACGCCUCUCUUAACGCUGACGCUCAAGCCACCGACACUAUCUUCAGAGAAUACGUCGUCAACGUCAAAGACGGUGAGAGUCUUAUCCUUACCUUCACCCCCUCCCAUCCAAACUCCUACGCUUUCAUCAAUGGAAUCGAGGUGCUUUCCAUGCCAACCGAUUUAUAUUACACUCCACUAGAUGACCCAGGAUUCACUCUCGUGGGACAUGAUACGCUAUUCAGUGUCGGAAGUAGCACUGCCAUGGAAACAGUUUAUCGUAUUAAAUCCGGAGGCCAGGAAAUCUCACCACAAAACGACACCGGUUUGUUCAGGAAUUGGGCUUCCGAAGAACGUUAUUUUAUCAAACACAAUCCAAAGAAUGAUGAUCUACCAGGUGACAUGGAUGGGAAAAUGAACAUAACCGUGAAUCCCGAUUACUUGGCACCAAAGGAACUGUUCAGAACAGCGCGUAGCAUGGGCACAAACGCCACUCUGAACAGAAUGAGCAACCUCACUUGGGAGUUCCCAGUUGAUUGUGGCUUCACUUACGUUCUCAGACUCUACUUUUGCGAGCUUGAUCCCAAUAUUAAUGACAUCGGUGACAGGCAGUUCUACGUUUACAUAGCGAGUCAGUUGGCUGAAGCACGUGCAGAUGCAAUGAAAUGGAGUCAGAAACAAAAAGGUUUAGCUGUGCAUAGAAACUACGCCGUUUUAAUUCCCAACAAUGGUACUCAGAAAAAGUAUAAUCUCUCGCUUCAAAUGCACCCUUACGAAAGCGGCGUGGAUACGAGAUACAGCGACGCCUUCCUCAACGGUCUCGAGAUCUUCAAAACCACUGUAAACAACCUUGCUGGACCCGAGCCGGACCCCCUUCAGACUCCGCACAACAUCAUCCCCGGAAAGACAAGCAGCGGAAAUGGAAAAACUAGAAUUUUUGUCGUCGCAGGGGUGGGAAUCGGUGUCGUAUUUAUCUCUCUUGUGAUUUUAUUUUUUGUUGUCUCGAGACACAUGAGAACCACUGAAACGAAUCCCAAGGAAUACAAAUCCAAGUUGUUCACAGCCACACAGAAAGCUUCCCUGCCGUCCGAUCUCUGCCGCCACUUCUCCCUUGGGGAGAUCGAAGCCGCCACCAACAACUUCGACGACGUCUUCAUCGUCGGCGUCGGAGGAUUCGGUCACGUGUACAAGGGUUACAUCGACGGCGGCUUCACCCCGGUAGCAAUCAAGCGCCUGAAACCGGGUUCGCAGCAGGGUGCGCACGAAUUCUUGAACGAGAUCGAGAUGCUAUCGCAGCUCCGCCAUCUUCAUCUGGUCUCCCUAAUCGGAUACUGCAACGAGAUGAACGAGAUGAUACUGGUCUACGACUUCAUGGCGCGCGGCACCCUAUGCAUAAACUCACUUUCUAAUACCCUACGCGACCAUCUCUACAACACGGACAACCCCGCUAUCUUGUGGAAGCAGCGCUUGCAGAUCUGUAUCGGCGCGGCGCGAGGGCUGCACUAUCUCCACACAGGCGGGAAGCACACGAUCAUCCACCGCGACGUGAAAACAACGAACAUCCUGUUAGAUGAUAAGUGGGUGGCGAAGGUUUCGGACUUCGGGCUUUCAAGAAUCGGGCCAACAGGCACGGACAAGUCCCACGUGAGUACCCAUGUGAAGGGAAGCUUUGGCUACAUAGAUCCCGAGUACUACAAACGAUUUCGUUUAACGGAAAAGUCUGAUGUUUACUCUUUCGGGGUUGUGCUGUUUGAGAUACUGUGUGGUCGUCCAGCUUUGAUUCACAGUGCAGAGACGCAGCAGGUAUCGCUUUCUAACUGGGUGAGACAUUGUGACCAAAAUGGGACCAUACCAGAGAUUGUGGACCCCACGUUGAAGAAGAAGAUUGCACCGGAGUGCCUGAAAACGUUUUGUCAGAUUGGAAUGAGUUGUUUGUUGGAAGAUGGGACGAAGAGGCCGUCCAUGAAGGACGUGGUUGCGAUGUUGGAGUUUACGCUGCGGCUACAAGAAAGUGCAGAGCAACACGCGUCUGAAAAAGGAGAGGAAAUUAGUGCGGAUAGCUUUUCUACUACUGACAUGUAUGUCACUACUACGACUACCACCAGUGAAGAUAAUAACUAUAGUAAUAAUACGGUGUCGUCUUGGACUCCUUUCUCCGAAAUUAUGGAUCCAAAGCCGCGUUGACCCAAUCCAAUUAACGCAGACCUCUCCAAAUGCUGGCAUAAUAAAACCAAAAAGAUGGUGGGACCUGUGUACAACGGUAAGACUUUAGCAUUUUUGUCUCCACAUUCGUAGAUUUAACAAGUUGUAUAUUACAGAAAAGUAAAUUGAGUUUUGUAUACUUAUCCAAAUAUUUAAUAAUACAACUCCUUUUGCUAA